AGGACGGAGCGACGAUGGAAGGUGGAGGCAGGUUGCCGUGGGUGAAAUAUGGUUCUGUCGUGUCCCUGUUUGUUGUUCUGUUGGCCUUCUGGUUUCGUUCACCGCAGAAUUCGGUCCUGGAUGACCGACUGGACACCGUCCUUUCGUCUCUGCUCCGGGCCGAAAGAAAAGUCGGGAGGCUUAACUCCAGACCCAGAGUUGCGAUCGGUUUUGGAGGCUGUGUUGACCUGAUAGUCGACGGUGUGUCAUUUCUAAACAAGAUUGGCAUCUCUCACACCGACCAGCCCCUGCAUCACGACUACUUACAAAGUACUGAGCAGCUGGCUCAGAGCUUUGCCUACUUUUUUGCACCCGGAGCUGCAGCAGAGCGGUUUAUGUUAAACGAAACCCUCUUCAGUGAGCUGGUGGAGGAGGCUCGUGACUUACCUGGCAACAGGUGGUCUGUGGGCGGCAACGCUCCAGUAAUGGCCGGUCGCAUGGCAACAGAGGGAUGUGACGUGUUGUUAGGGGGAAGUUUCAGCACAGAUUUUACUGAUGUCCUGUCUCGGCACAUUACAGUGGCUGGUAGAGAGGUGGAAGAGCCAGAUAUUCAUCUGAUCCUGGAAUAUUCAUCCGGUGCUAGCUGGGGCCACUAUACUGCUCGUAGAGCCAAUAGAUACAUCAUUCACAGUGAUGACCAUAACCCCUACUUGGACUCCAUGGAAGACUUUUCAAAGAAACUCAACAACUUCAGACCUGAUCUGAUAGUGGUGGGAGGGCUACAAAUGAUGGACAACUUCCCUUUCCAGUCAGGUGAGCGGGAGGCUGUUCUCUCUCGGCUGGAAAACCUGCUGUCCUCCUCGUCACCUCAGAUCGGCAUUCAUUUUGAGAUGGCGAGUUUUGUAGAUGAGAGUAUUGUGGAAGACCUUCUGCACUAUGUCAUCCCCCACGCGGACUCUUUAGGGAUGAAUGAACAAGAACUUCCUAAUCUUCUGAGCCUACUCAAGGGCUCCAAUAUCACGGUGCUGUCAGACCCAAACCCUCGUGUGGCGACUGUCCUCGACCAGAUGAGGGAGGUUUAUCGUAUCCUGAACCAGCGCCACAAGGACGCCAGCUCAAACAGUGACUCGGGCAGUUCAAAAUCAAAGAGUAAGCCGCUUACCCGACUUCACGUCCACACGUUGGCCUUUCAGGCCAUGAUCGUGACGCACAGCUCUCAGUGGAAGAACACCAUGUCUGCCAUCGCCAAGGCCUCGCUCACAGCCAACCGUCACGUCUGCGGCUCAAAUGACAUUGACCCCAGCAAGGCGAGGCUCAUCAUGGACGACUCGUUUUCUGUUAGUCACCGUGAGGGUAGCCAGCGGAUCCCUCUGCAGGAAACCAGACCGGUCAGCUGCUGGGACGAGGACGACUACCAGAUCUGUGUAGCCCCAGUGCUGGUUUGCACUGAAGUUUACCAAACCGCUGGUGGAGGGGACAACAUCUCAGCUGCCGGUCUGGUGCUGCAGAUUUAAAACGGGGAGACCAAAUAUUCUUUAUGUCUGGGGCUAACCAAUGUUGGCAAACAGUGUGACUCUGGAAAUUUGAUCUCUGUCUGAUGCACU